AUGUCAUCCCAAAAUGAGAGCAUCCCGAACACCUCAUCUACACCGGCGAUGGCACCGCAUGAUUCAAUCCAGAUACCAAAUACACCUGGAUCCUGCGCUUUACGUCUCGAAAACCUAGUCAACCAAACCUCCGCCACGAAAGGCGAGCUGAUGGCAUCAAUUGCGGCAGACAUCUGCGCAACAUUCAUUAGCAUCGCAAAGCACUCCGAAGAAGGCACACUACAAGCACAGCACACCGGAGUGAUCGACAAGGUGAUUCAAACUAUCCGCGAUACGGACGUGAAGCACCGACACAUGCUCCAUCGACAGGUGCGUCAGCUGAACAAAGAGAAGAAGUGGAUACGGAAGAAGUAUUCGCGGUUGGCUGGACAGGCAGAUGGGUUGGGCCGCACGUAUCAGACGAAGCUGCGGAAGCUGACGGUCUCACUACGAGAGGCGCGUGGGGAGGUGGCACGUCUACAAAGGGAGCGGGAUAUGUUGCGGGAUUGCUUGAAGAAGAACGAGACCCCGAAUGACAAUGUCGAUGGGGAGUUCGAGCUGGAGGCGGAAGAGGUUGAUGGAGAAUACGAGAUUGCUGAGGACGGAGAUGGAACUGUGAAUAAGUAG